AUGGGAAGCCUUUGCCUGCUUUUGGUGGUCUUGCAACUUUCAUGGACUUUGUCUUCCUCUCUCCCUCCUCCAUCCUCUCAUUUAUGUCUCCCACACCAUAGAGAUGCUUUGCUCCAUUUUAAAACCACCGUUUCUGUUGCUUGUUUCCGAGAUCUUUACCCCAAGAUAGACAUAGAGUCAUGGAACAAAAGCAUUGAUUGUUGUUCAUGGGAGGGAGUGAAAUGCAACAACGUGACUGGUCAUGUAAUCGGCAUCGAUCUUAGUCACAGUUGCCUUGAUGGCUUUCCUCUUGAGAACUCUAGCAACUUGUUUCAGUUUCAUGGACUCAAAAGACUCAACCUUGCUUACAACAGUUUAGAGGGCUAUAUCUCAACAGAGUUAUUUAGCCAGUUGGUGAGUUUAACCCAUCUUAAUCUCUCUUAUAAUGGGUUCUUUGGCUUGAUCCCGUAUCAAAUCAAUCUCCUAUCAAGUUUGGUUUCACUUGAUCUUUCCCUUCUUGAUGAAUUGAGAUUUGAUGGCCAAGGUUUUGACAUGCUUGCAAGAAACUUGACCAAAUUAAGAAACCUUGUGCUUUACGAAGUUGAUAUGUCUGAUGUUGCAAUUACUUCCUUUCUAAACUUGUCUUCAUCACUUGAACAUUUGAGUCUCUCAUAUUGUCAAUUACAUGGGGAAUUUCCAACUCAAGCCUUUCAGCUUCCAAAUCUCAAAGUUUUAGAUUUAAGUGAGAAUGAGAAUCUCAAAGGUUAUCUCCCUAACACAAACUGGAGUAGUGGCCUUGAGUUGCUGUACCUUUUCCAUUGUGGUUUUAGGGGGUCAAUUCCAGCAUCAUUUGGAAAUCUCACUCAAAUCAUUUCCGUUGAUUUACUUGGAAAUUCGCUUGGAGGACAGAUUCCAGAUGUUUUUGGAAACCUUAGAAAAUUAACUUUUUUGAGCUUUUCUUCAUGCAAUUUGAGUGGUCCACUUCCAAUAACUAUCUUCAACCUCACAAAAAUUACCCAUUUGGAUUUGUCAAAUAAUCACUUGGAAGGUCCCUUUCCAAAUCAUGUUAGUGAGCUUCAAUUUGUAGAGAAAUUUUGGUUAUUUAAUAACUCUAUAAGUGGUGGAGUACCAUCUUGGCUGUUCACUCUACCAUCUCUUCCACAGUUGGACCUGAGUUAUAACAACAUUGGUGGUUCAAUACCAGAUUUCAAUUUUGAUCUUGUGAAGCUUACUUAUCUUGAUUUGUCAUCAAACAACUUGAGUGGUCCAAUACCAGAUUCCAUUUUUGAUCUUGUGAACAUUACUUCACUUGAUUUGUCAUCAAACAACUUGAGUGGUGUGAUCAAGUCAGAUAUGCUUUCAAAACUAACGAGUCUUGAAGUUCUUGAUGUUUCAAAUAAUAGUUUAUUAUCAUUAAGCACAAGCGGCAAUGAUGUGAACUAUUCUUUCCCCGGGCUUACAAGUGUGAGAUUCUCUGGUUGUAGCGUAAGGCAGUUCCCAAAUUUCUUUCGAUAA